AUGCCCGCAGACGACCCGCAUGGCCCGAUGGUCGUCAAAAAGGCGCAGGUUCGUUGGAAGAGUGGAUUCCCAAACGAUACGCAUCCCGUAAUGCAGACACUGCGCGACACGCUGCGCCAACUAAUCCACAGCUACGUCGGCGGCCCGGUGCUCAACGCCCUCAGCGUCAACGUCGAGUUCAACGGCGGCGCGGCCAAUGUGAACAAGGAACCUCCUCCUCCCACCGGGCCACAGGUCGACAGCCCGCAACCCUGGCCGAUCAACUACGCCGACCCAAAGAAUAAGCGGAACGCGAAGCGCGACUUCACGAAGCAACCGCCUGGCGCCGCUGGACCCCAGCAGAUGCAGCUGCUUACGGAUGGUGGCGAUGCGGCGCCUCUUCAUAAGGCCACUCGUCGUGAACUGCCCAGCGCCAAGCAGUACGCUGUCGAGCCGCACGGGAGGGGCGUCCGCCUUAUCGAGCCGCCGUCCGACCAGAAGCCGAACCUAGUUAUCGUUGACGCCUCUAGCAAAGCCAUCCGAGAGCGGAAAGACUCGACCUGUUCGGAGCCCGAGUCCCCGGCCGACGAUACUCUGGAUAGUAUCCAGAGCCUUAUGAUGGACAGCGACCAGCACAGCCUUGUCUACACCGAGGGAAUGGAAGCCGGAACGUUCAUCCCUGGCGGUUCCGUUGACUUUGACUGCACCCUGAACGAGACCACCUUCACCCUCCAAGCCGGCUUC